GCAGCCAAGGACAGCGUGGUCCAGGUGGUGGUGCAGGUACAGCCCCCCACACCUCGGGAGCUGGAGGGCCAGCGACCCCCUGUGGUACAGGUGGUAGAUGACCUAGUGCUGGUGUUCAGCCCCGGGGAGCCCACCAGGGGCCUCCCUCCCCUCAAGCGGUGUGGCACCCAGGAUGGCCCAAAGAAGAAGGGCAAAGACCUGAUAUUUGUCUUUGACCGGGUCUUCGGGGAGGGGGCCAUGCAGCAGGACGUGUUCCAGCACACCACGCACGGCCUCCUGGAUGGCCUCUACAACUGCUCAGUGUUUGCCUAUGGGGCCAUGGGGGCUGGGAAGACACACACAUUGGUAGGGCAUCACGGGGACCCUGGCAUCAUGUACCUGACCACUGUGGAGCUGUACCGGCUCCUGGAGGCCCUGCAGGAGGAGAAGCCAUUUGAGGUGCUAGUCAGCUACCUGGAGGUCUACAAUGAACAGAUCCACGACCUCCUGCAGCCCAAGGGGCCCCUGAGCACCCAAGAGGAUUCUGACAGGAGCGUGGUGGUACAGGGCCUGUCUUUCCACCCGCCUGCAUCGGCUGAGCAGCUGCUGGAGAUGCUGAGCCAUGAUAAUCACAGCUGCAUGCAGCACCCCACCGAUGUUAAUGCCAAUGCCACAUCCUCCUGCUUGCAUGCCAUCUUCCAGAUCUUUGUGAGGCAGCAGGUCCAUGUGCCAGGGCCAACGUAGGCCCUCUAAGUGGCCAAGAUGAGCCUGACUGAUCUGGUGAGCUCGGAGUGGGCGUCCAGAACCCACACCUGGGGUGAGUGGCUUCGGAAAGGGGCCAGCAUCAACUGAUCCCUGCUGGCCCUCAUCAGUAUCCUCAACGCCCUGGGUGAUGCCAAGGGCCGCAGGGGUCACGUGCCCUUCCGGGACAGCAAGCUGACCCCCCUGCUCAAGGACUCCCUAGGGGGCAACUGCCACACCAUGAUGAUCGCCAACAUCAGCCCCUCCGGCCUGGCCUACAAGGACACCUACAACACCCUCAAGUGUGCCGACUGGGCCAAGGAGAUCCGGCUCACGGUGAAGACUCAUGUGGUCACCCUGGAUUGUCACAUCAGCCAUGUUGCCACCAUCUGUCAGCAGCUACAGGCCGAGGUGGCCUCCCUGAGAAGGAAGCUGCAGGAGCUCGAGGCAAAUACACGGGUGCCGCAGGGUUGUGUGGCCGCUGCCCCCUACUCAGACUCAGGGCUAUUGUUUCUGACUCCUCUCUGCCUGGCUCAUGUCCUCCCUCCCACUCACCCCUCCUCCCCACCUGCAGGUGCCUCUCACCCAGGGCUCCCUGCAGGGCCUGGAGCCCUUCUCGACCAGAGCCCUGAGACAGAAGCCCAGGAGCUGCAGGCACAGAAAGGGAGCUCUGCAGACCAGGCGAGGUUCCCACCCAGGCGCAGUAGCAGCAGCCUCAGAGAUGCAGGCCCAGUCAAGAUAGAAGGGGGCAAGGCCUGGCCAGGGCAGCAGAGGCCCCUCCUACUUCCCUGGACGCUGCUGCUGCUGCAGCUCCUUAUAUGUGGAAGUGACUGGGCCCAGCCACUUGCAGAGGGUACUUCGGGAGGUCAUCCUGCUUCUGCUCCUGUAGUGCCUUCUUCCUCCUUAGGUUCCAGCCCAGAUGCCAGAGCCAGACCUAAGAAGCCCAGCUUCUGGGCGGGAGUCCUCCGAGUGCUGUGCCUGGUCCAGCAGCAACAUGCACUGCUCCGGGCCGCUGGCCUGCUCACCUCGGACCUGACCACGGAAUUCCAGACAGUGCAGCAGCUGGUGCUUGAAGCAUACAGUGGUCCCGGGACUGAGAGCUGCAGGACGCCGGACCUGGUUCAGGAGCCAAAUUCAGAGUCCCGAUCCCCAGGCUACUGUGGCCCUGUGACCCAGGCCAUGGCAAAGCGGCAGAGUGGCCUCACGUACAACCUGGGUGUCCUUCCUGGGCCCAAUGGCACUUCAGCCACAGUGUCCUGACAGCCCAUAGAGAAAAGGAAGAGAAAGAGGAGACCAAGCUCUGCAGAGCUCAACAGCCUGGCCCCGAGGCAGGGAGCCAAGCGCCAGCACCAGACCUCCCUGUCCUACACCCCCACAGAAGCCCAGGCCUCCCCCGCCUGCCACCCUGCUCCCCUCUGCCCAGCCACCAUCAUCAAACGCUGGGCACCCAUGGGCCCUUCAGCCCUGCAGAACUGUACCACACCCCUGAGGCUGCCCACCUUUGACCUCAACACCACCUUUGACCUCAACACCACUUUUGACCUCUCAGAGGAGCCUCCCUCGAAGCUCAGCUCCCAGGAGUGGCCCAAGCCUGGCCAGGCCUUAGUCCCCACGUGGGUCUUAUAUGAACCAAUGAUCCUGUUCACUUCGAGGGGUCCCCAGUCCACAUCCUUGCCCGGGGCCUCGGCCUGCAGGAGGAGGCGCCCAGUGAGCUCCUGUGUCCCCUGGGGCCGCAGCUGCAUUCCACGCCUGUCCAGCAGCUCCUUGAAGAGGCCAGCAGGGCCCCUCACCCUCCCAGGUGACCACACUGGGACAAGAGCUGAGCAUGGGAGGGAGCCCUGGAGGACCCCAGCACCCAACAGAGGUAGCAGGAGACUAUGGGUGGGGCCAGGGCAGCCCGAAGACAGCCCUCACUCUCUCUCCUCUUUCUACCCCGCCCGCUGGAGUCACCCUGAGGCUGAAGAUCCAGGAGAAGCUGGCCAGGAUUGGGGAGAUGCUACCAACUGAGAACUGCAUCACCCCGGGGUCCUGACCCCUGUGCUACUACUCACCCCACUCCUUGCCACCCCGUUCCUGCCAAUCCCACUCCGUCUUCCUCCCUUGUGGCUGAAACUGGGCCCCCCAGCACAUUCUUGAAUGAGUGUUAGGGGUGCCAUCUGCAAUGCCCACCUGGUCUACCCUAGACGCUGCUGAGGGGAGCAGAAGAGCUGGGCGCCCUGGAGGCCUAUGUGGCUCCAGGUGACCCAGCAGAGUAUUCUUUGCCUGGCCUGGCAGUGACACUGUCUGAACCCUCAGAGGAAGUCAGAGUUGUCAUCUGCAUGGGAUCACAUCAGUGUGUAGGUGUGGACUCAGGCCACCCUUGGCAUCAGUGCUGGGGUGAACACAGAGUUCCACUCUAAUCCCGCCCCCCCGCCGUGCACGUAAGAACACCCAUGCGUGAAUGUGGUAUGUUUUACUCCAAUAAUCAAAUUCCUUAUCUAUUUCUAAGAAGACAUGUAACGUAUUAACUUCUUUAUAUUUUUUUUCUUUAUAUUUUUUUCUUGAUAACUUGUACCCUUUUAAAAGCUUUUUUUUUUUAAUGUCCUUUUUUUCUUUAAAUAAAAAAAUAAAAAAUUCCUCAUCUA